GCUCCGCGCCGGCUGGUUUGCUGCUGCUGCAGUGCGGGGUCGCGCGAGCCGGCCGGUCCAGUCACGUCCUGGCUGCUGCGGGAGGCUCCUGGGCGGUGUCUGAGGCUCGCAGCGCUUGGCAGGUGCAGCAGCCGCCUGGCUGCCCACCCCUUCCCGAGCCUAAAGGUCCAACACUGACCAAGUGUGCGAUUAGCAGCAAUGUCAGGACAUACAGCAUUAGUCCCAGAGCAGAACAACAACAACAGCAACCAGGAAAACAAAACUUCAAAUAUGAGAGUCUCAGAAAAAAAGUGCUCAUGGGCUUCUUAUAUGACCAACUCCCCUACUUUGAUUGUAAUGAUUGGCCUUCCUGCCCGGGGCAAGACUUAUAUGUCCAAGAAAUUAACACGCUACCUCAACUGGAUUGGUGUGCCUACGAAAGUGUUUAAUCUAGGAGUAUAUCGUCGUGAAGCAGUGCAGUCGUACAAGUCCUAUGAUUUUUUCAGGCAUGAUAACAAAGAAGCCAUGAAGAUUCGGAAACAGUGUGCCUUGGUGGCUCUGGAAGAUGUGAAAGCUUAUGUCACAGAGGAUGGCGGACAGAUAGCUGUGUUCGAUGCAACCAACACGACUCGAGAGAGGAGGGACUUGAUCUUAAAUUUUGCUAAGGAGAAUGCUUAUAAGGUGUUUUUUGUGGAGUCUGUCUGUGACGAUCCAGAAGUCAUUGCUGCCAAUAUCCUGGAAGUGAAGGUCUCCAGCCCUGACUACCCAGAGAGAAAUCGAGAGUGUGUGAUGGAUGAUUUCCUGAAGAGGAUAGAGUGCUAUAAAGUCACAUAUCAGCCCCUUGAUCCAGAUAAUUAUGACCAAGAUCUUUCCUUCAUUAAAGUGAUCAAUGUGGGACAGCGGUUCCUGGUAAACCGUGUCCGGGAUUACAUCCAGAGUAAAAUCGUCUAUUACCUAAUGAACAUUCAUGUCCAACCGCGCACCAUCUACCUUUGCCGGCAUGGCGAGAGUGACUUUAACCUUGUUGGCAAGAUCGGUGGGGAUUCUGGCCUGUCGCCACACGGGAAGCAGUUCGCUCAAGCCCUUAAAAAAUUCAUUGCUGAGCAGGAGAUUGUGGAUUUGAAGGUUUGGACGAGCCAGCUGAAGAGAACCAUCCAGACAGCUGAGUUCUUAGGGGUCCCCUAUGAGCAGUGGAAGAUUCUGAAUGAGCUUGAUGCUGGAGUGUGUGAAGAGAUGACAUAUGAAGAGAUUGAAACUCAGUACCCAGAUGAGUUUGCGCUGAGGGAUCAAGAGAAAUAUCUUUAUCGUUAUCCUGGAGGAGAGUCAUACCAAGACUUGGUCCAGCGUUUGGAGGCUGUGAUUAUGGAGCUGGAGCGUCAGGGCAGUGUUCUGGUUAUUGCUCACCAGGCUGUUAUGCGGUGCCUGUUGGCCUACUUCCUUGACAAGAGCGCAGACGAGUUGCCAUAUCUGAAGUGCCCCCUUCACACCAUAUUCAAGCUCACACCAGUUGCUUACGGGUGUAAAGUGGAAACGAUCACCUUGAAUGUUGAAGCAGUGAAUACCCAUCGAGACAAGCCUUCUGGGAGUACUAACAACCUUCCAAAGAGCCAAACCCCUGUAAGGAUGAGAAGAAACAGCUUUACGCCUCUGGCCAGUUCGGACACAAUAAAGCGCACACGCAAUUAUAGUGUUGGGAGCAGGCCUCUCAACCCAGUGGGGUCUCCGCUAUUCCCAGAGACUCGAGAUGGGGCUGAUCAGCAGAAGCUACAACUUCAAAUGGGAAGUGCUUGCUUGUGAGUAUCACUGAGCAUAGCUUGUAUGCAUUCUCUCUGGGUUUGUUUAGGAGUCAGCAAACAACAUCACCUGUGAGUCCUUGGUUUCUGUCUCAGCCACCAAGUGAGGCUGUCGAGCGAGAGGAAUUUAGUGUCACACUGUACAGAAUGGCCAGGAAAUUACCCGUGCUUCCCUUUGUGCCUGUGUUGCUCAGAUCCAACCUUGCUGACCAUGAGGCCCUUUCUUGUCCCUGCUUUAAAUGCUUGAGUGAAUGUCACUGCAAAUGUUAAUACAAAUAUCUCUUGAUGUACUUGAUGUUUCAGUUUAUGCCUUACCUGUGAAAUUGACUUCUGUAACUUUGAUGUUGCAUUUUAUUUACCUUAUUUGUGAAACGGAUUGUGCAAUGUGAGAUUUGGUUUUAUUUAACUUCGUUGUGGUUCUUAGUAGGUGUCUCUUUGGGUUUUGUAUGUGUGUGUUUAAUGUUAUCACAGCGUUUUUGCUUUCUCCUCUGGGGAGUGGUAUCAUUUUCUCCUAUGCAUUUGUCGCAAUUCCAUUUAAAUGCCUGUGGUAUUGCUUAUUUGCCAGUUGUUGAAUACUCUUUGCCUAGAGAGCUUUACCCAUUGUGGUUGCUUGCCGCCACGUGGAUAUGGAGUGGAAGUUGUUUUAUGCCCAGUUGCAGCCAUUUGGCAUGAAAUCUCUUUCUCUCUCCAGUGAUUUUUGACUGUGCCUGGAACGCCCUUCUAUACUCAACAAUGUUACUGUUGCUACAUUGAAUAAGUGACUUUGCUUCAAAGGAAUAUUCUCAAAAGAAGCUGAAAAAUGUUUGCAUUAGAACAAGGCCUUCAAAAAACUGUCUCUCUCCUUGGUGACCACCUUGGCAGCCAGAGGAAUGUUUUAGAAUUGGGGUCUGGGAGUCAAAAGUUAUGGG